UCGAUUUCUAAGCCUUUGCUUCUAAUCUUCUCAACGGAUCCGUUCCUUGCGCCGAAAGCGUGGAUCUGUUGGAUCUCUGCUAGUCGUAGAAUAGAUUGAUCGACGAAUCCAAGAUCCCUUCGAAAGAAAGUAGAAAUUUUAGGGUUUUUUUGGGGAUCCAUUUAUUUUCUGCCUAUAAAGGCACCGGUUUGAUCGUUAGGCACUUCUCUCAGCGUUGAUGGAGGAGUUUCCGAUCUGAGAUUUGGGCAUUCCUUGAUGCCUCUCUAUCAUCGACUUCUGUUCAGCUAAUUAUCUAGUUCUUGAGCUAAAAUUUUGUCAGGCUAUCCUGAAGAACAGAGUAUAUUUCAGCUAGAAGUUCAACAAACAUGAGUCGACCACAUGAUGGACAGCGGACCUUCUUUCCAUUUGGAAAUCCUUUUCGUAUUAUCCUCCCCAAGGGAUCUUAUUUGUCGCUGAAGCUUCGUGAAUUACAGUUUUCUUUUGAGAAAAACUUGGCAGAUAAAUUGAAAAAGCUCAAGCCUAAGGAUAAUGCAGAUGUCCUUACUCUAUCCUGGAUGAGGCUUGCUAUCGAGUUCUUAUCAGAAGCUUAUAAUAGCUUAAAAACUUUAAUUAAUGAGCUUCAGUUACCUGUUUCUGACUGGGAUGAGAAGUGGAUUGACAUAUACUUGGACAGCAGUGUGAAGUUGCUUGAUAUUUGCAUUGCGUUAAGCUCUGAGCUAUCCCGAUUAAAUCAAGGUCAAAUUCUGCUUCAGUAUGUGGUACGUCUUAUGGACGUCUCCACCAGUCAUCCUUCACCUGAACAACUCAAAAAAUCUCAUUUGCAUCUUCAUGAAUGGAUCGAACGUAUCAACUCCAAGAGUUUCAAACUGGAAAGCUGUCCUGUUAUUGAAAGUCUUCGAGGAACUCUUGGUUUACCAAAGGUCAAAAGCUCCAAAGGAAAGGUAUUGAUGAGAGCCUUAUAUGGAGUUAAGGUCAUGACUGUAUUCAUUUGUGGUGUCUUUUCAGUGAUGCUGUCUGGUUGCUCAAAACCACUGAUCGACUUGCACAUUUCUUCUGAGGACUUCUUUUGGUUUGAGGCCUUCAGUGACUUGCAAGCUGCUGCAAACGAGGAAAUUAGGAGACGGUUUGACAGUGGGAAGGUGGUGAUAUUCAAAGAGAUAGCGGCAGUUGAAGCAUGUGCUUCAGGGUUAUGCAAUUUGACUAUCAGCGGCUGUUGUCAGAAAGAACCCGUGCAAGAUGGCAUUGGCAUUAAUCAUGAAGAGGAAAUGAUUGCACCAAGGAAGAGCACCGACUUAGAAAGGCAAAUGUUUCAGGAGUAUGCUAUCAAUUUGGUCAACGGGGCCAACAGCCUUGGCCAUGAGCUAGAUUCUGUUUCAAAACAAGUCAAUGACUUUUUCGAAAUCGUUUUAAUGGGUCGUGAUGCUUUGCUUUGUAAUCUUAGAAUGUCUGCUGUAACACAACAGUAGUAUCAGUGACAUUAGAUCAUGGUGUCAUCAGGUUGUUCCAUGAAUCGUUGGUGUCUUGUUGGAUAUGGGCCAGGAAAGUUCCUAAAUGUUGAUAAUGAGCUAGAGAGAGCCUGCAACAUAAGCUUGUUGUACCUUAAUCAUGCUACAUUAGUUGUAUGGUAUAUGUGUCUGCCUUUCAUGCUAUUUGAUAGCGCCAAUGAGUCCAGCAGCAAUGAAAAAUGGUGCUUGUUCAGUUGCUA